GCACCAUAUUGCACUUGUCAUCCGGCCGCAACUUGCGAGCAUCAGUUGUGAGCCUUGGUUGCAAGAUCUCGAAUCCAGCAUUUCACAAGUCAGCGGUGAUCUUGUGGACCGGGUCCUUGCAGCGCUUCAACCGUGACCCUUCUAAUUCACUCCGGUACGCGGGAAUUCGUAUUUCCUGCCACCACUGAUCUUUCGUCGCUGACGGGGCUGGCGAUACUCCUGUCGAACAAGUCUUGAAACCGCUCAGCAAGUCGCGCACAUUCCUUCCCACGGGCCGACCGCCCAUCUUGCAGCCGACCGGCAGCGUGCGUCCGGGUCGCGCGACAUCGAAGCAUGAGCUGAGCUCACCAAGAUGGACGCUACGAUGUCGACACAGGAGCUGCAGCUCUGUCAGUUCCUGAUGGAGCUGCCCGCCCAGAAGCGAUACCGAUACAACAAAGAAUCAGAAGACCUUCUGCUCGAAAAUCUCUUCAGGUUCAUGUCUGGCGGCAAGGACGACUACCUGAGGCUCUUCUUCCCAAAUGGAGGACCCGUGGUCGAUGGCACGGUUCUCAAGCUGAAGGACGCCCAGGGCGCUCUCGAGGGCGCCGAGUACACCGAGGCCGCUCGAGGUAUGGCAUGUGGGCACAUUUUCAAGGCAGGGGAGGCAUCAUAUAGCUGCAAGACGUGUGGCACCGACGACACCUGCUGCCUCUGCGCAAAAUGCUUCGAUGCCACGGAUCACACGGGUCACAUGGUCAGGAUUAGUAUUUCGCCCGGCAAUAGUGGUUGCUGUGACUGUGGUGAUCCGGAGGCAUGGAAGAACCCCAUGUUCUGUACAAUACAUUCGACCUGGGAACACGAGCAGCCAAAGGGCAAGGACAAGGAGGUCGCGAGGUUGCCAGACGACCUGCUAUUCAGCAUCCGCAUGACGAUCGGGCGGGUUGUCGACUAUCUCUGCGACGUGAUAUCGUGCUCUCCCGAGCAGCUGCGACAGGCCAAGACGGUCGAGUCUAUCAAGAAUGACGAGGAGAUGUCGAGGCUAAAUUCAACAUAUCACGGUGGAGACGUGGGCUCUCCCGGGGAAUAUGCCAUUGUCCUAUGGAACGAUGAGAAACACACCAUCACAGAGGUUCGAGACCAAGUAGCCAGGGCAUGCGCAAUGACCCAGCGAGAGGCUCUCCAGAAGGCCUACGAAACCGACACCAUCGGCCGAAGUAUCCUCACCUACGACGAGAACGUCGAAACCCUUCUCUUUCGGGCCAAUACCUUGGAGCAGAUUCGCGUGACGGUUACGAUACGCUCUUCACGCGACACCUUCCGGGAGCAAAUGUGCGGCACGAUCAUCGAGUGGUUGAAAGACAUCUCGGGAUGCGCCGUGGGCCAAGAUCCCUCCAUUCUGCGGGUUAUUGUCUGCGAAGAACUUCUAAAACCAUGGCGCAUGGGAAGUCCAGCCACACAUGCCAUCGUUGGCCAGGAAGGAAUGGACGACGAGGACAAGGAGGACCAAAAAGAAGACAACUCCAUGAAUGUCUAUACUCAGUUCGCGCUGCUGCAGGCUGCCAGGCUACGACAAGCCAGAGAAGCCGUCAGACGCGACCCAAACAUCACGAGGAACGCGGAAGACAGCGACGAUGACGAUGAUGACGACGACAGUGAUGCCGAUGGCGAAGAUCAUACACCAUCCUCGCAGGGAGACAUGGACGAGGAUGUAGAUGACGAUGAGGAAGACGUGAUGAUGCUUGAUUCGGCCCCGGGAGCCGCCGGCGACGUGAACAUGUCUGACUGGCGAGGCGAUGAGGCUUUGGAGGCAGAUGAAGCAACCAUGGCAGGCUAUCCACCGCCGCCUCCUCCUCCGGUGCCGAGUGGCCCACGCCGUAACAUCGGAGACCGAGACCUGACCCCGUCUGAUUCUGACACUGCAGAGCCUCUGAUACCGUCGUCCAUCUACGCAAAGAACAACCUCGAUGUGCCGAAGACGCCUGGCGUCGCGCAAGACGAACAGGCAACGCCGCCUAGAUCGGGCCGGUACUGGAUGCUCGCCCCCGCCGCAUAUGUGGAGACGGAGAAUGUUCCACCUUCGGAGGAUCUGUUCCAGAGAGUCCGCCUGGACUGGAUGAUCCUGUUUGAUCUGCGGAUGUGGAAGAAGGUGCGGAACGACAUGCGAUCCCUCUAUAUCUCCACCGUCGUUACGAUCCCGGAGUUCAAACGCGUUCUUGGCCUCCGUUUUGCAGGACUCUAUACAACUUUAGCUCAACUAUACCUGAUUGGAGAUCGAGAGCCAGAUCAUUCGAUCAUCAACCUUUCCCUUCAGAUGCUCACCACACCCUCGAUAACAGCGGAGGUUGUGGAGCGCGGCAACUUCUUGACCAGUCUGUUGGCGAUCUUGUACACCUUUUUAACGACUCGUCAAGUCGGCCAUCCAUGGAACGUCUCUGAUACUGCUGUCUUGGCCUUCGACUCUGGGUCUGUGACCAACAGGCGCAUGUACCAUUUCUUUGCUGAUCUCAAGUUUCUUUUCCUGUCUCCACAUGUCCAAGAGCGUCUGAGAACAGAGGACCGGUACAUGCUACAGUUCCUCGACCUUGUCAAGCUUCACCAGGGCAUAUGUCCGAACACAAGAGCAGUCGGGGAACACGUCGAGUACGAAACCGACACAUGGAUCAGUGCGUCACUCAUAACGCGAGAAAUCAAUCGACUGUGUCGCCUCUUUAGCCGGUCGUUUACUGGUAUCGAAGAUACAGACGGCGUUUGUCGGGCCAUCCGUCUGGCAGCAAAGACCGUGAUUGUAAACUCCAUCGGCGCGGAGCGCGCACGAUUCACCCAGGCUGAGAUCAAGGACGAAGUCCGCUUCAAAUCUUUGGGCGAUUUUGAAUUCGAUGGCGAUAAGUCCAAAUACGAUGUCGUCAAGUUUGUGGUUGAAGAACAGCCCAUCAGCUUCCAUCACGCUCUUCACUACACCUUGUCCUGGCUCAUCGAGUGUGGCAAGUCCUUGACUGUCGAACAGUUGCGAGCUAUCCUCAGUUUCACAGCACAGGAGCUCAAAGGCCACCCUCGUCUCAUGGGCAAGCGGCAGAUGCCGAGACGCGACUAUGGCCCAGAAGACUUCCUCAUGGCGGCGUUCGACUAUCCCCUGAGGGUCUGCGCCUGGUUGGCCCAGAUGAAGGCGGGAAUGUGGGUUCGCAAUGGCAUGAGCCUAAGGCACCAAGCUGGGACCUACCGUGGCGUAGGCCAGAGGGACGUGUCUCAUCACCGAGAUAUCUUCUUACUACAGACCGCGCUCGUGGUGUGUAACCCCAGUCGAGUGCUUGCAUCCAUUGUCGAUCGUUUCGGGAUGGAGAAGUGGGCCAAGGGCUUCUUCGAACAGAAGUCCACCGCUCAAGAUGACGGACAGCACUUGGACAUUGUUGAAGACAUGAUCCACCUCCUCGUUGUCCUACUCAGCGAUAGGACAUCUUUAAUCCGCACCGAAGACCAGCCAAACAGCCGUAUCUUGGCCAUGCGCCGCGAUAUCACUCAUGUGCUCUGCUUCAAGCCACUCUCAUUCACCGAGAUAGGAAACAAGUUGCCCGAGAGAUAUCAAGAGCAAGAGGACUUCACCAAGGUUCUGGACGAGAUGUCCAACUACAGGGCACCAGAGGGCGUCACGGACAUAGGCACGUUUGAGUUGAAGCCGCAGUUUGUUGAAGAGGUCGACCCGUACAUUGCCCACUACAACAAGAAUCAGCGUGAGGAGUCGGAGAUGGCCUGGCGCAAAUGCGUGGCCAAGAAGACUGGCAGGCCCGUCGAGGACGUGGUGUAUGAGCCAAAGCUACGUCUCAUCCCUGCCGGUGUCUUCGCCGGCCUGGCCGAGUUCACCAGCACUGGCAUGUUCGCCCAGAUUAUCUAUUACAGCCUUCUGUACCCGCUUGUAUGCCAGAAGCUGACUCCAACCGUACCAUAUACGAGGGUCGAAACAUACCUGCAAGUGGUACUGCACCUUAUCCUCAUCGCCAUUGCCGAGGACAGGCCAUCCGACCCGUCAAAACCGUCGUUCAUCCACACCGCCUUGACCCAAGUCGCGCGAAGCAACUUUAUGCAGGACGCGCCCGCGUCCAAGACCAUCGUGUCCCUUCUGGACAUGAUGUCAACCAAGGAGGAGCUCAAGAGUUGCCACCCUAGGAUCGCACUUGUCCUCAAGCGCAUGCGUCAGAAACGGCCAUCCGACUUUGAGGCAGCAUACGUUCGGCUUGGUGUGCCGGUGGAUAGAAUUAGCACCGCCUCGCCGGCCGCCAUCGCCAAUGCCGAUGAAGAGCGGGAGCGCAAGAAGAAGGCGGCUUUGGAUCGCCAAGCCCGGGUUAUGGCACAGUUCCAACAGCAGCAAAAGACCUUCCUUGCGAAUCAGGGUGAUAUUGACUGGGGCGAUGUCGAUGACUUGGAGGACGAGGACUUGCCCGAACCAGUGGAGGAAAAGAACUUCUGGAAGUACCCAUCCGGGACAUGUAUCCUUUGCCAGGAAGACACAGACGAUCGUCGGCUGUAUGGCACAUUCGGCUUCAUUAGGGAGAGCGGGAUCCUACGUCAGACGGAUCUAUCAGACCCUGACUUCGUUCGAGAGGCAUUCCACACACCCAAAGACCUCGACCGAUCGGCCGAGCCCAUUCGGCCUUUCGGAGUGGCACACGAAAACCGCAAGGAUGUUCAGAAGGUCAACCAGCAGGGAGAGACUUUCAUGACGGAACGCCAGAUCAUCGGGAAGGGGUUCCCCCCACAUGCAGUAAGAAAUGGGCCGGUCUCUAUUGGGUGCGGCCACAUCAUGCACUACAGCUGUUUUGAAGUAUACUUCGAAGCGACUCAACAGCGACACAAGCAGCAGAUCGCGCGCCAUCACCCCGAGGACCCAUACCGCCUGGAGUUCGUGUGCCCACUCUGCAAGGCUUUGGGCAACGCUUUCCUGCCGAUCGUCUGGAGGGGCCAAGAGGAGUCAUAUCCUGGUGUGUUGCAGACUUCGACCGAGUCCCAGGUGUCUUCUGAAGCAUUCGCGGUCUUCCUCAAGGACAACUUGUCUUCUACGCACAAUGCUGCCCUGGCGUUGGAGCCUCGGUCUCAUUCAUCGCAGAGAAUGUUCUCGCAAUACACCAAGGGAACACUACUACCCAACCUGGCAGAGAAAUCAUCACACCUCGUCGUGGAUGCUUGGGAAACAGGCUCGCAGACGCCAUCUGUUGGUACGCCUUGGGGUGGCAACACCCCCGAGUCAAGCGGACAGUCGUCAGGAAUAGGCGAGAGCAGCAGCGCGAUGUCAGAGCUGGUGAUAGUAUACCGUCGCCUCCGAGACACUCUCCGGCGGAACGGUCUCACGGGCAGACAUGCGCCUGAGCAGCUCGAACGCAUAAACGAGCCCCUGGGGAAUCCCGCCGAUCUGGGCGAUAGUGAUGUCCUGGCCCAGUCUGUUGGCUUCUCGAUCUCAGCCGUGGAGAUUCAGCAGAGAGGGCAGGACUCCGAGUACGGCUCGCUUCUGCUCGAGAAGAUACCGGAGCAGGCUCUCACUCACCUACGCAUCUUGGCAGAGACUGUCACUUCAUACAUCGCCAUAGGUGGCCAGAAGUAUGCCGGCCAAAACCGAAUCGACAGGGAAUUCAAGAAGGACAGCGAGAGGCAGCACUUCCAGCUGUUUGUCCCGGACGGAGAGGAUAACUUGGCUGCUCACCCCUCCCUCCUGGCACAGGACACCUUCAUCUUCCUGUGUGAGAGCGUCUUCGGUUUCUCUGCAGCGAACGGCAUCGAUGUUUCAUAUCUGCUGCGCGUGUGCUAUCUUGCUGAAAUAGUCAAGGUUGUCUACCGCACGGCCAGGGUCACGUUCCCUAAGCAUGAGUGGAUGUCUGGCGAGGGCCUCGAGGACAGAAGUCUGAUCAACUUCGCCGAGUUUUGCAAAACCGUCUUCAACAUGGACCUGGAGUAUACGAUACCCGGUGACGCAACCCCUGCUCUCGACCAUGGUUUCAACCAGCCUUGCUUUCAGAGCCUUGCCGACUUCUACACCUUCACCAAGAAGUACGCCCAAGUGUUUCUCCGGAAAUGCGUCAUAUUGCUUUAUGUCAAGUACGGCGUCGAUUUCAACAGCCACAUCUCACCCCAGCCCGAGCAGGACGAGCUUGACCGUCUGACUGAGGCGCUCCGCCUGCCGGAUUUCGACAGCAUGUGCGCAGCUCUCACGCCACUGGGGAUCCACGUCGGUUGGCCAGGCUCCCUCUGCGACCAACUCGUCCGUGGUUGGAUCCGACAUGAAAAGGCGCACUGCUGGGCAAGAACAAAGUCCAGAGACCCGGCAAUUCUAGAUGUUGCGGAUCGGGACCGCAUGCUCAGCCACCCUGGCAUCUUUGAACUCGUGGGUCUACCGAAGAACUACGAUACCCUCAUAGAGGAGUGCACGCGGCGACGAUGCCCGCGGACCGGCAAAGAUGUCUCUGAUCCAAUGAUUUGUCUUCUGUGUGGUGACGUGUUCUGUGGUCAGAGCAUAUGUUGCUCGGCGGAGGACACGACGACGACGCUCAGACGGCAAGGCAGUAGGAGAAGGAUUGGUGGGGCCCAGCAACACAUGAGGAAGUGCCAAGGUAAUGUCGGCCUCUUCAUCAACAUCCGCAAGUGCGCAACCUUCUAUCUGCACAGGCUGAGCGGGUCGUGGAGCAACGCGCCAUAUAUGGAUAAGUACGGCGAGGCGGACAUGGGACUCCGGCAUAGCAGGCAGCUGUUCCUUUCGCAGAAGCGCUACGACUCAAUGCUGCGGACCAUGUGGCUCAGCCACGGUGUCCCAUCCUACAUCUCGCGCAGGCUUGAAGCUGACAUUAACAAUGGCGGCUGGGAGACCAUUUGACUAGAUGGCAGUGAAGAAGACUUUGAGGACGAGCUCGAGUUCGACGACGAGCUCGUGGAGGAGGAUGAGGGAGGCGAGGACGAGGACCCCGGCGACAGGGACGAUCAGGAAUGGGGCCCCAGACCACCUCCUAUCACCACCGCGUUGCGGGGGCUCGACGCGCUUCUCGAAAUGAUGCGCCAACCAUUCCCGCCGCCAGCAGGAUCCGUUGACGACAUUCGGGAGACGGACGGCAUUGCACCAUGGGCCUUGAGCAAUGAAGAGGAAGAAGAGUAUGACGACUACGACUAUGAGGACAAUGAUGAGAUCGGCUGGGAGCCGCCUGUGUUCGGCUGGGCCCCUGUGCCUGUCGACAUUGACGCUCUUCUGAGUGGGUUGCAGAGUGUCUCAGAUGCCGAGGACGACCUCGAACAGUACGAAUCGAGCAUCGAGACAGAGGGCGACGAGACAGGUGAUAUCGUUACUGCCUCGGAAGGCGUUCCCUUCCCCUGGGGAGGCGGGGGAGGACAUCGUGAACGACCUGACGACCGGCAGGAAGAAGACGGCAACGACGCGGAUCAAUGAUCCACUUGCCGAGGGAGGCCCUACUCAAGCUGACGGGGGCGACAGUCAGCGAGUUUGGCGGCCAGCCGGUGGGCCACCAACUGUUCCCGGUGUUAUUGAGUUAGAGGAGGCUUUCAUUGGUUUUAAAAUACAGGGGCUUUGCCCCCGGAACGGCGGCACGGCUCAAGACGCACAGCGCCAGGCGUACGUUGAUACUCCAUGCACAUUAUGACAGAUAAACCCAACCAACCCUGAUAGACAACACAAUUGAUGAGUUCCCUGCGAUGGCCUCAUUGACUCGAAUUGUGGACUGCGGUGUCCUCGUGGGCUGAGGAAAUGCUACCUCUGAGAUUGGGUUUGUUUGGCCCGAUCGCGACAAGGAGAACCUAACGCCUGCGCUAUGCUUUGCUUUGCUGUUUUACUAUCCGGUUUCCAGCGUCUAUCCCAUUCCUUUGGGCCCCCCCCCCCCCAC